GAAGAACAUUUGGCGGGUAGUUUGUUUGUUUUUGUGGUGUGCGAUGGAGUCGACGGAGAGCAGGUACGCUCACCUGCUGCAGCCAAUCAGAGAGCUGACCAAGAACUGGGAGAUUGACGUGGCGUCGGAGCUCAAUGACUACCUGGAGGAGUUGGAUGAGAUGUGCAUCACGUUCGAUGGGGGGAAGAUCCGUUUGAAUUUUGCCGAGGCGGCGCUUCUGAUCCAGGGCUCGGCCUCCAUCUACAGCAAGAAGGUGGAGCUGCUGCACCGCCUGGUGUACCAAACUCUGGAGUACAUCAACGACAGCAACAAGAAGAACAGAAAGCAGCGGGCGGUGUCUCCUGGGGACGAACAGGACGAAGAGGACAGAGACGCUGAGGACGUGUUCGACCUGCUGGACGUCGAUGACUCAGAGAAGUCCGAGAGCGAAGAGUCCAACACU